GACGCUCCGCACGGAACCACCUCCAGCGAGGGAGGCCAGGGGACUGCAGCACCGAGAUGAAGGGCUAGACCGAGGGAACGCUGCUCAUGCGACGGCCAGGAGCGCCUGCGAGCUGGAUCUGGUGGAGGAUGCUGCAGCAGGUGCUUCGCAGAGGGCUCCAGUCGUUCUGCCACAGGCUGGGCUUGUGCGUGAGCCGGCACCCGGUCUUUUUCCUCACCGUGCCCGCAGUCCUGACCAUCACCUUCGGCCUCAGCGCGCUCAACCGCUUCCAGCCCGAGGGCGACCUGGAGCGCCUGGUCGCUCCCAGCCACAGCCUGGCCAAGAUCGAGCGCAGCCUGGCCAGCAGCCUUUUCCCCCUGGACCAGUCCAAAAGCCAGCUCUAUUCGGACUUACACACCCCUGGGAGGUAUGGCAGGGUGAUCCUCCUCUCCCCACCCGGGGACAAUAUUUUGCUCCAGGCUGAGGGGAUCCUGCAGACCCACCGAGCCGUGCUGGAAAUGAAGGUGAACCACAAGGGCUAUAAUUAUACUUUUUCCCAUCUGUGUGUGUUGAGAAAUCAGGAUAAGAAAUGCGUGCUGGAUGAUAUUAUUUCAGUGCUAGAGGAUCUCAGGCAGGCUGCCGUCUCCAAUAAGACAACAGCCAGGGUGCAAGUGAGGUAUCCCAACACUAAAUUAAAGGAUGGGAGGAACAGUUUUAUUGGACAUCAACUGGGCGGGGUAGUGGAAGUGCCAAACAGCAAAGACCAGCGGGUCAAGUCGGCCAGAGCCAUUCAAAUCACCUACUACCUCCAGACCUAUGGCUCUGCCACCCAAGACCUCAUAGGGGAGAAGUGGGAGAAUGAGUUCUGUAAGCUUAUGAGAAAGCUCCAGGAAGAGCAUCAAGACCUCCAGCUCUACUCUUUAGCAUCCUUUAGCCUCUGGAGAGACUUUCAUAAGAUCAGCAUCCUGGCCAGAAGCAAGGUCCUGGUGAGCCUUGUGCUGAUCCUGACCACAGCCACCCUCUCCAGCUCCAUGAAGGACUGCUUGCGGAGUAAGCCCUUCCUGGGCCUCCUGGGGGUGCUCACAGUGUGCAUCUCCAUCAUCACCGCAGCAGGGAUCUUCUUCAUCACCGAUGGAAAGUACAACUCCACCCUGCUGGGAAUCCCGUUCUUCGCCAUGGGUCAUGGAACUAAAGGAGUGUUUGAGCUUCUGUCUGGAUGGCGGAGAACCAAAGAGAACUUGCCCUUCAAAGACAGGAUAGCAGACGCCUAUUCUGAUGUGAUGGUCACCUAUACCAUGACCAGCUCCCUGUACUUCAUCACGUUUGGCAUGGGUGCCAGUCCAUUCACAAACAUCGAGGCUGUGAAGGUCUUCUGUCAAAACAUGUGUGUCUCCAUUCUGUUGAACUACUUCUACAUUUUCUCCUUCUUUGGCUCCUGUCUGGUCUUUGCUGGCCAACUAGAGCAAAACCGCUACCACAGCAUCUUUUGCUGUAAGAUCCCUUCUGCAGAAUACCUGGAUCGCAAACCUGUGUGGUUCCAGACAGUGAUGAGUGAUGGGCAUCAACAGACCUCCCAUCAUGAGACGAACCCCUAUCAGCACCACUUCAUUCAGCACUUCCUCCGUGAACAUUACAAUGAAUGGAUUACCAACAUAUAUGUGAAGCCAUUUGUCGUCAUCCUCUAUCUCAUUUAUGCUUCCUUCUCCUUCAUGGGGUGCUUACAGAUCAGUGACGGAGCCAACAUCAUCAAUCUACUAGCCAGUGAUUCACCAAGCGUUUCCUAUGCCAUGGUUCAGCAGAAAUAUUUCAGCAACUAUAGCCCUGUAAUAGGAUUCUAUGUAUAUGAGCCCCUAGAGUACUGGAACAGCAGCGUCCAGGAGGACCUAAGAAGACUCUGUAGUGGAUUCACUGCAGUCUCCUGGGUGGAGCAGUACUAUCAGUUCCUGAAGGCCAGCAACAUCAGUGCCAAUAACAAAAGUGACUUCAUUAGUGUCCUGCAAAGCUCAUUUUUAAAAAAGCCAGAGUUCCAGCAUUUUCGAAAUGAUAUCAUCUUCUCCAAGGCAGGGGAUGAAAACAACAUCAUUGCUUCUCGCUUGUAUCUGGUGGCCAGGACUAGCAGAGACAAGCAGAAGGAAGUCAUAGAAGUGUUGGAAAAGCUAAGGCCCCUAUCCCUCUCAAAGAGCAUCCGAUUCAUCGUGUUCAACCCCUCCUUUGUCUUCAUGGACCAUUACAGCUUGUCUGUCACAGUGCCUGUUCUGAUUGCAGGCUUUGGUGUUCUCCUGGUGUUAAUCCUGACUUUUUUCCUAGUGAUCCACCCUCUGGGAAACUUCUGGCUAAUUCUUAGCGUCACCUCAAUUGAGCUGGGCGUUCUGGGCCUAAUGACCUUAUGGAACGUCGACAUGGAUUGCAUUUCUAUCUUGUGCCUUAUCUACACCUUGAAUUUCGCCAUUGACCACUGUGCACCACUGCUUUACACAUUUGUACUAGCAACUGAGCACACCCGAACACAAUGUAUAAAAAGCUCCCUGCAAGAGCAUGGGACAGCCAUUUUGCAAAAUGUUACUUCUUUUCUUAUUGGGUUAGUCCCCCUUCUAUUUGUGCCUUCGAACCUGACCUUCACACUGUUCAAAUGCUUGCUGCUCACUGGGGGUUGCACACUUCUGCACUGUUUUGUUAUUUUACCUGUGUUCCUAACGUUUUUCCCCCCUUCCAAAAAGCACCACAAGAAAAAGAAACGUGCCAAGCGAAAGGAAAGAGAGGAAAUUGAAUGCAUAGAAAUUCAAGAGAACCCUGAUCAUGUCACCACAGUCUGAGGGGUAUAGACCAAUGGAUUAUUUUUCUUUUCCAGUAUUGCACAACGAUGCAGGGCAAGUAAAGCUCAGACCUCAGCUGCUUGGGCUGGCCAGGGGUAACAAGGCAAGUCAGACCAAGAAUGCAUUAUUCAUGACAUGUCAGGGUGUCUGCUUCUUGGGGGGAAGAGGGAAAAAAAAAGAAGGGAAAAGUUCUUUGCAAUCUUGUUCUCUGCUGAAAACAAGUUUCUGCAUGUAACCUGAGAGUACUUCCAAGGAAUGGACGAAUCAAUGGAGUGUUAAGAUAGCAGGCCAAAAGAACCAACUGCUUUUAAAAAUAAAAUGCUUAGGAGCAAUGGAGAAGCAAAGAAAGGUGUCCUUCAAAUCGGGGGAAAGACAUAGGAAAUGUCAAAAUUGCCAAGGCACUUUUCAUGUUUGUUUUUUGAACAGGUUGGUCAAAGGAAACCUAUGCACUUGGGAAGUACAUAUUUAAUACUGUCUAAACCAAAGGACUUCCCAAUCCACUUUAUGUGUACAUAUAUAUGUAUAUAUCCCAUAUAUACAUAUACUUAGAUUUGUCUUUAGUGUACAUUGACGUUUAUGUGGAGGGAGGUGUCCAUUUGCAGAUAGGAUGGUCUUUCCCUAGAAGGUCAAAUCAACCUUAGCCAAAUAUAUAGACUCAUUAAUAGCCAUUCUAAAUCAACCCAAGUGUCUCAGCAGUAAGUGUCAUUCAACUGUGGGAUGAGCAAAAUAAACAGAUGUGAGUUCAUUAGAUUAUGCAUAUCAUGUCAUCAUCAGUCAUCUAGACUUUUGCUUUGGAUGACUUAGCAAAAAAACACAAAAGGCAUUUGAAUUAAUUACUACAUGGACAAGGUUUACAGUUUCAUAUUAGAAAUAAACAGUUGAUAUGAAUUAUCAUUGGCUUUUACUGUAUUUGGAAGGCAGAUAUGGCUGUUUUCAGUGAGUUCACCCAACUGCAAAUGAGCGCUUUACACAGACUAUCCAUACAUGUGUCUAAAGGUGCACAAGUAUGUGUAUGUGAGUUGGGGUAUUCCAUAGUUAUGCCAUUCUUAUUUUAGAUAGGGAAAAUAACUGCCAUGGAAUAUGAAUAAUUAACAUAGGAGAAAGGAGACAUAACUAGGGACACUCGUAGAGUGAAAUAGAGUAAAGUGGGCCAUACCCACUCAUCACACGCCAUCUACUGGUUCUUAGUGUAAGGAAAAUAUUCUAAUCCUAUAAACUCUAGUAUAUUCCUUGCAUUAGUAUUUGGAACAUAAUCCAGGCCAUGAUCACCAUAGUGGUGGUCACUGUACCUACUGCAGUAUCAUUUUGUAGCUUCUUACAAUAGCAUUGCUCUUGCUCCCUGGAAAGUGCUCCUCAGCUGGCCUCUCCUAGGGUAAUCACAGCUCUCCACAGGUGGCAUAUUAACUGUAACUGCUGCUGAAUUCUUUCUCAAACAAAAGUACUGAGGUAAAUGUUUUCCUUAACUUAAAGUUUAAAACUACUCCCAAGCAGAUGGACUCAGCCCGUUGGGUGCUUGCUUGGACUAACGCUGUGCUUCCUGUCACAGAAAAUUACUAGAAAAUGCCUUUUCCCAUGCCAAGCAGUAACAUAAUUUAUUUCCAGGUAGGACAGAAUAAAUGUCCAGUGAUUACAAAAUCUGCUAGUAAGCUCUUUUACCUAGAAGAAAGCUACCGUUUCCCAUCAACUUUGUUUCUAUAUUUUAAUCAAAUUAAUAAUAUCUAAAAUAAUGAAACUCCUUGACUCAAUUAUGCUCAGAAAAAAGAAACAAACCAUUUCAUUCUUGUUAUCGUCUCUGGAAAUGAAGUUGGUAAACUAAUGAAGUUACAAAACAAGUGUACUUAGACAUAUAGCUUUCCAGAAUAUAAAAGGGAAAGGGAAUAGUCCCUAAAAUGAAAACAUUUAAGCAGCAUUUUAUUUAUUAAAUGGAGUUUGCUUUGUUUUGCCUUGAGGUAAUUGGGUUUCAACAGGAAAUGAUCUAUGUCUUCUCCAUUGUGUCAAUUUGAGUGUAAUAUCUAUAGAUUUCAUAACCAGAGGGUUAUUGUUUUUAUGUUAUUUGUAAAAUCAUGUCACAAAUAUCGCUAGCCUUUGGCCUCAAGAACUGCUGUGCUAGAAUGAACUGGUAUUUGGUAUGAGUAGCCUCCAGACCAUGAUCUCAUAUCUGUAAUAGAAGUUUCUGAGAUUUUUGGUUUGGGUUUUGAUUUUUUGGGGGGUGAGGGUUUUGCGGUGGGGGUACCGGGAGAUGGAGAAUUCCUCUUACAGAUUACCCAUCAUUUGUAAAGAUUCUAUUUUUUGGCAUCCCUUGCAAAACAUGGGAGAUAAUUGCUUAGAAAGUUCAUUAUCUAUCAUUCCUUUUCUUCCCAUUGUGUGCCACGCUCCACUCAUUCACCUAUUUUUUAAAAGACUGGCUAUUGGGUUAGUUUUUUGUUGGUUCCUAUAGACCAUUCCGCAUGCAAAGAAGAUUGACAGCCUGAUUUACAGAGAAAGAAUCAAACACAACGGUUGUCAAACGCAUGUGGAGGAAAUGGCAUAUCCUGCAAAACGACCAGGCAGUGCUAAUGUUACGUUUCCAUUCAGAUAGUCUCUAUUUGGAUAGGGAAAAAUGGUUCUUUUUUUUUUUUAGUGUAUGUCUUCAAGAAUCAAAGUGUCUAAGACAAAUAUGAAUUUCUCAUUGUUUGAGUGACUAGAGGGCAUUUUGGAAGGAACAUUAUCUUUUCCAGGACACAGUAGUUCUCUUUAGUGAACUGUAGCAAUAAUUUACUGAAAUGGAAUCCUUUGUUCUGGAAGAGUUAAUAUACCACCUAAAAUGCCUUAAUUCAGUCCUAGGAAGAAGUAAUUUAAUACUAAGAAGAAUCUAACAGAGCAUCAUCUGACCUCCACACCUCACUGUGAAACAGAUAUUUUCAAGAAUUCCAUUUCCUGAAUGCUAAGAUACAUCCCAAGAUAAGAGAUCAUGAUUUGCAGGUCACCCCCAAUCUCAACUUUUUUGGUAGUUUGUGUGCACCUCUCUCUAGUUUUUCAAGUUUACACUCAUUAUUUUGUUCAUUUGUAAAGUACUAAUGCCAUUCAAAUUAGGAACUUAUCUAUUGUCAGCAGAUGACCAGUCAACUCCUAGAAGAGGAGAAAUGUGUGGGAAAUAUGUCAGCUUUGUGUAAUAUUUUAUUUAAUUGAAAUAUGUAUGGCCUUAAAGUAAGAAGUUUGAAAAAAACACUCCUUUUCUGUAUUUAAACUGGAAUGUGGAUUUAUUUCCUUCCAUCAGAAUUUAAAUUUGAAUUAGAACGUAUCAUGUGAGUUCCACUCUCUUUGAUGUUAUAAACUUCAAAAAGGUAUUCACCUAAAUUACAUAAAGAGAUCAACUAAAAGUUAGAUUCUUAACUCCUUAUGGUUAAAGGUAAUCAUAUGUUAGACCAGGCUUAAUUCUUUUUAAUGAAAGUUAUGUUUAGAUAUUUUCCCAUGAAUUCUUGCAGUGACUAUAAACCUCUUUGAAGGUUGUGCAUAAGUAUUCUAUGAAAGAACUAUUCUCCUCUGUCAUUGUAUCAUGUUAGUCGCUCUUUCCCAUUUAUUUCCACAGAAUUUAGAUUUUUUACCUUGUGAGGUGAGAGGAAUAAUGAUGACAAGUGAAGUUUUAUGAUGCUAUUAUAGUUCUUCUUGAAUGUUGAAUUCAAGAGAGUAAAAGCUUUGUCCAUUUUGUAAUUAUCUAUUGCACUUUCCCAUAAUAAGCUAAUCCUUCUUGGCUUGUGGUUAGAGCUAGGGAUUAACUAUUGCCAUUCAGAAUUACAUGUAUUUUUAUAAGUUGACUAUAAAUAUCAUAAUUACAGUCACAUAUUUUUAUGACCAAAUAGUUAUGAAUGCACGGCACUAUGCAUGCAUCGUUAUUAAUAGUAUGUAGAUUAUUAAAGACACAAUUUUCAGAGUUAUUGCAACUUUUAUUAAAAUUCUUGCAUCAUCUAUCCAUAAAUGCCUCAUGGCUUUUGGUCCCAAGGGCCUAAAGUCCACAGAAAGUUCCAUUCCAAGGUAAGCAAUUUAAGAAUUGCCUUCCCUGGGUAUCAGUAGCAGCCACCUCUUCUAGAAUGGCCUUUGGAAAAUCCCAGAAGCCAAAUCUGGCUUCCAGGUAAAGGGCCUACCAUAUUCUGUAUUGGUUAGUAAAUAAAUAUACUUUUUUUGUCUUGUCUUUGCUAAUCUUAUGGUGAAUCAGGGAAUAUAAUGCCUUGAGAAUGGCAUUUAGAUACUGUCUCUUAGAGAUUGGAGAAUUCAAUGAUUUGCUCGGCAUCCUACCAGAGGAAUCUUUCUGUUCAGUCUGGUUUGCUGGUGUCUGCGAAUGGUAUUAGCAACCUUUGCAAAAAAUGAAUCUGAAAACUGUUACUUAUUUUUAAAAAGCCUCAGAAGCACUUUUCUUCCCUUUAAAAAAAAAAAAAGGUUUAGCUUUUUCUGGAUUACCAAAAUUUUAUAACAACUUUAUAACAUUGACACAAAACAUAUUUAUGGCUGAAUUGGUAUGCCCUUGAUAUCUCCCCAUCUUCAAUCUCAAUAUAAAAUUGAACAUCAUCACUGUGGUGCAGACCUUUACACUAAUAUUUUUAAGCAAUGAUCUACAGAUAUAUUGUAUAGGGAAAAAUCAAAUUUUUUACUACUUUGCCUGCAAUGAUAUUAACCCAAAUGAAAGCAGCAACAUCGUAAGUGAAAGCAACGAAGCCUCAUUGCAUGAGAUCCAUCAGGGUAGAGACUGUGUAUGGGUAUAGUAGCAGUAAAUUACCUUGACUUCUCAACUAAAGGAUCAAGGUUCAUGCACCAUCAUAUUUUACUUAGGAGCACAAGAAGUGGUGUUCUGUGUCUGAAGUGCUGUGGAGUUAGAUCAGGCAACAUUUGAAAUGAGACUGGAAGAUUAUUGAGAGAGGAGCCCACAUCUCAGAAAUCAAGAUGUCUGUAAGUAGGUGUGAUAGAACCAGUGGAAUAAUACCACAUAUUCUGUGAUUUAGAAUACAGUACAGCAGAAAGAAUCGUGUGGUGUCACAAAACUACAGAUUGUCAGCUGCUAGCGAUUGUCAUAGGCAAAUACAUCACACUUGAAGACUGUGUUCUUGUUUGUCAAAUUCACAACCUAAUCUUUGCUGUGGGAGGUGCAUCUGAAUUUCUAAGCACAAAGGAAGAGCCAUGGACUCUUUGUUAAAAGUGAAAAGCUAGGGAGACUCUGAAAAGCAGCUUAAAUUAAGCACUCAGAUAGGUAUCAUUCAUUCCCAGAGUUGCUCUCAUCAUUGACUAGAUUUUGUGGGUCUGUAACUCUUAAAUUAUAGAAAGCCAGCUCCUACUAUUUUUCCCUGCUUGAAAAUUUCCCUUAAGAAAAGUCUCACAGGUCAUGAUAAUUAUGAAGUCUUAAAAAUCAUAAGAAAACUUAAGGAACAGAGUAGGAAUCAACCACUGAUGAUGUGUGAUUCCUGCUGUGUAUGAUGUGAUUGUACUUAUCUGAGCUGAGGUUUUUAGAAGUCAUUUGUAACUGGACUCUGGUUUCCCAACAGCUAAUGACAUGGUCUGAUAGAGGAGCAUUGCGGUUUUCUUUCCCUCUGUUGAGACAGUUAUAGAGUAAGCACGUUACCCACAGGGCUCCAUCAAAUCAGUGUCGGGGGUGGGGGGGCGGAUCUAAUGCUUUGAAAGAUUGCAUUGAAGAAUUUCCUAGGAAUAACUACGAGAGUCUCUCAUGGAUGAAAGAUGAGUGGAAUUGAAUAAAAAUGUAUAACUUUUCAGUGCUAUAUAAAUUUAUAAAUUUAUUCUCAGUAGAGGCAGUCUACAGUAUGUUAUGGGGAGCAUUUAAAUUAUCUAAUGUAAUAUGGUUACUAGAAUCUCUCCCUGGACACUGAAAUACCUUCUAUCAUUUUAUCUGAGGAAUUCACUGGUUGUUGGUACAGAGCUGGAAAAAAAAAAAAAAAAACAGGCCCUCAUAUUCUUGCAUCUCCUGGUACAGUCUGCAACAUCUAUUUCAAGUAGAAUAAGGAAAUUUGGGCAUCUUUUUUCGCAAACAAAAAAUUGUGCUAUGAACUGAUAAAUUAGACCUUAAACUGGCCAAUGCAAAUAUUCCAAUGUUUUAGUAGAGUUUAAGCAACAACUUUAUUAUACUUUCCUGUUAAUUAUGCAUAUUCUUCAGUAAUAGACUGUUUUGCUGUUAACUAGUAGAUCUGUCACAGAUUGAAAAGGGCAGAGAUCUCUUCAAGCUACCUCAUAAGGGUAUUUAAAGACAAAAUGGCGUGCAAUCUUUGAUUAAAUGGCAAUAUCUUAAAGCCACAAAGCAAUAUUAUUUAUCAUCUUUCCUUGAUGUUCAUUCACUUUAUCAAAUUAGUCAAGGCAAAAUGUAAAAUGAGCACUCCUCUAUGCAGUCCCACAUUCUGGUUAACAUAAUAUUCAUUAAUAUAAAUCUCUCAGGGCAGUUGUCAGUUGUCUCUCUACAGAUAUCUCAGAACACAAAAAUUGACUCAGAAAGAAAGUAAUCUGACUUUAAGAAGAGGCAGUGGCCUACCUGGUAAGAUGCGCAAAUAAUCUAUGGAUAACUUCGGAAAAAAUUCCAAGUGCAUUUCACUUAUCACUUUUCUUGGAGGAAAAAAUACAUUUGUGUGUUUGUUUAUUUAUUUGUUUAAUUAUUCUAGGCAAAUAGAAAGUGACAAAAUUACCAUUAUUUGGCAUUUUACUUAAGUUUUCUUUUCCUCUGGAAGGCAUUGCUAUUAUUUUCUGCUAAAUUCAGGUUUUUAAAACGCAGGUCACUUAUGGAAACAUUAGCAUCAGUGAAAAGAAAACCCCUAGGGAGAAACAGAUUUCAUCCACGUAUAGGCAAAUUGUAGGAAUUAAAGUAAAAGUUAAGCAUUUUUUUUUUCUAAAACAACCCACUUGUUCUUAAUCCUAGCUAGACAAAUUGCUAAUUUCUACAGCAAAGAAAGAUGACUAAAUGUAUGAAAUUAUGAAAUUUUGAUGUAUUAACACUACAAACCUCAUGGCAAACCACCAAUUCCAGGUGUCUUUACCCAUAAGAAUAUUCUUUCUAAAAUGCUCUAUUACAUAUAGGUUCAUCCCAUUCAUGAAAACGGCUUCAUUUAUCAUGCCAAAAUACUACAAACAAAGCCAUUAUAGCAUUCUGCUCUGUAGUUCUGUACCUUGGGCUUCACAACUAAAGCUACCUUACCGAGGAAAGAUUAAAAACAAAUUUUGGACAAAAAUGUCAAAUCAAAAAAAAAAUUACCUAAGUUGUAUUUCCAUCCAAAAAAUCUGUGAAAUAGAAGACUGCUGUGUAGCCAUUUUAGAUCUCACCAAGAAGAAAAUAUUCUAAAAGUACCCAUUUUGGAUCUUACUAAGAACCAAAACCAAAAGUCCUUCCAAAGUUUCCAAUUCACUUAAAUUUGGUCCAUUAUCAAAACUUUCCUCUAUGUUGAUAAGUGAAAAAAUAGUCUGCAAACUAGUUUUUUCUUAACUAUAAUAGAAACAAAUAAAGUUAUUUCCCAUAGAUCUGAAUGUGUAAACAUACAUUUAAUAAUUAAAUGAAUCUCAUACCUUGGUCAAGGAAAAUUAUGUUCCAAAUAUUUAUUUGUUCUGGUUACCAUUAUUUUCAUAAUUUGGACACAUUGAAAUACAAUAAUUUUAGUUAAAUUGCUCAGAAUUGCUCUGCAUAAGAAACUUAUUAUCUAGAGCUUAAAGGUAAAAAUCUUAAGAAAAAUAGCAAUUAAAUCUUAGCUACUUGGAAAACAAUGUCAUCAAAGUUGUAUUUACCACAGUGCCACUAGGCAAAGUUAAACACAGCAUUUCUGGCUGUCUUGACGUUUUAGUUUAACAAAAGAAAUCUAGUUCCAUUAGUUAUAAUAAGAAAUAAUUUAUAUAUUAAAAUAGUGAUAAAUUAUACAUGUGUAUAUUCUGUAGUUCUUAGGGUCAUAUACAAGGUCUUUUAAAAUCACAACCUCAAAUGCUGUAAAAGCUAGGUGAUUCUUAAAUUUACCAGACUUUCCUUCAUUUUUUAUUGACAGUAUUAAAUGUCACAAGGAAUAUCAUAAUAUGCAACUUAUUCCUCUUAUUUCAGUGAGAUCCUCAAGCGUGCUACCUUUUCGGGAAAGAUUUUUCUAGGCUACGAAUUAAACUUCCUAAACAAAACAUCUUAUAACAUCACAAUGUAAAAUAACAUAAUCUAUGCUUUUUUAGUCUUUUAUUGAAUCACGUGCUCUAAAAUGUAUAAUGUAAAUUUUUAUCCUUUAAACCUUCAAGAAUACACACAUUAAAAGUAAUACUGCGAUAAUAUAUAUCAAUUAUCUCUACGUGGUUAAGAUAAAGCAUUCUGAAGCAAAUACAAAAUGUCUUAGCAUUCCUGAGAGAUAUUUUUAUGAAUCCCUACGUUCACAAGUAUCUCUUAGACAAAUAUGUUACUAAAGUAUUAAUAAAAGAUUUAGAUAGCACUUUAAGACCCCUUAAUAAUUACAUUACCUUCAAAUCUAAAGCAAUUUAUAAUCACGUCAAAUAAAUUCUACCUAAAAUUUCUCACUGCAUUACAUUGCAUUAUUGUAGUAAUAUUAUCUGUAAAAAUACUUGAGCCAACAUUUUUCUCACCAUAUGAGAGCUGCAGAAUAUGGAGACAAUAAGUAAGCCAGCCACUAUUCAGUAGUACCCACAGAUUACUCACAAAGCACAUCCCUUUGGCUGCACACUGUACAGCUUCAAGCCUGGGCAUAAUUGUUCAUGGGCUGUCAGCACCACUUCUAAGUCACUAAAGUCAAUACUGUUAAAUAUUUCAGUAUCUAAGUCGACUAUAUUUUGAUGAAUAAUGUUGUGUCAUUAUAAAUAAUGCAUAGAUAACCAACAUUCAAAAUAUUUAAAUUCACUUGAUACCAAAAAUAUACUUAAACUAUUUAACAUUCCACAACUCACUUCAAAAGCUUUGUCAUUGCAAAGCUUUCCUCAUUAUUGACAUAUAAUGAGGAGACAAAAGAAGUCUUAGUAACAUUUCAUUUUAUAUAGUUUUCCAUAUGCUUUCUUAACAACAAGGUUGCCUUUAUGUCUUUCAUGGAAAUGUUUGGACUUAUUCAAUAGCCAUUUUCCUGUCUAAUUUUAGUAUUGUAAUCAUUAAUUUUAUUCUGCUUUUUCCCUUUGUUUAAAUAUGUUCAACUUUUAUCAUUUCUAAAGUAACUUUUCCUUAGCGUCAUUAAAACAUGUAUUCUCUUUUAGGUAAAAAUAAGCAUGGCUAGAAAGGAAUGAAAUACAAAUUUAGCAAAACACUAUUCAUUGUCACUUAUAUGUGCUUCAAGCUGAAAUUCUCCACUGAUUUUAUUUUUAAAAUGGCAACUGACAUGGAAAACUACGCACUCUAUGUCUGCUUUGCAGACAUUCAAUAAAUCACUGUUCAAUGAAGAAAAAUAUAACUUCUCCAGCUUCUGACUUGUUUGCUUAUGACCUAAUGAAAAGUAAGUUAUUUAAUAAUCUCCAUCUUUGAGAGCCCAUAUUCAGAAGCUUUUGUUGUUGUUUUGUUUUAUUUUCUAGAAUUUUCCUAUGUAGCCAGUUACACAGGAAUAAGGCCCCAUACAAAUAAAAAAUUUUAGGUUUAUUGAUAAUAACUGUCCUUUCCAAUAAGUUAAAAUACUAGAGCCUAGAGCUAUACACAUCUUGAUAGUAAAAUAAAGAGGAAUGUGAUCUAACAUAAAGAAAACAUUAAGGACAAGGGUGAUUUUUUUU